AAAAAUCUCAUCCUCGGACUUUGUAUCAUUGUUUAUUUCAGGUUUACACGAGCAAAAACGCAAAAAUGCAAGCGGGUUCUGUAUUAUCGUUGCCUCCCAGCGUUCAUCUUUAUCAACCUUCAACCCCGCGAUAUGCACAAGUCGACGCCAAAGUUGGCGAUGAUUUUAGUGCAAAGCUGAAAUUCGAGGCUUUCGGUUCCGUGUCUGAGGAGCCGGCAGAUGAAGGAUGCUCGAAAGGCAAAGUUUUGGAUGAGUUGGUUACUGAAUCGGCGGCAGCAGGCGAAAAUGGUGAAUUAAGAGAUGAAUUUGCGGGAGCAGGUGAAAAUGGUGAAGAGGAAGAAGAAGAAGAUGAAGAUGAUGAUGAUGAGGAGGAGUUCUCUUUCGCUUGCACGAAUCCCGACGGAUCUCCGAUUUCCGCAGACGAUGUAUUCGUCGACGGCCAGAUCCGCCCAGUAUACCCUAUCUUCAACCAGGAUCUUCUAUUCGCCGACGUUUACGACGGCGACUCAAAGGCUAAGGACGCUAAGUCCUCGCCUCUCCGACCGCCACUGAGGAAGCUUUUCUUGGGAGAGCGAGGUCCUCCGCGGCCGUCUUCAUCCUCCGAAUCAGAGGAACUGGAGAGCGAGGGUCCGUACUGCGUGUGGUCCGGUAAGGCGGUGGAGGCUUCGCCGCAGGAGCUCUCCAAGAAGAGCAACUCAACGGGGUUCUCAAAGCUGCGGAGGUUCCGAGACUUGGUCCUGCGAAGCAACAGCGACGGCCACGACGCGUUCGUGCUUCUGAACCACCCAUCCGGAGGCGUAAAGCCGACAAACGAAACGACGGCAAGUAGAAAGAACGACAACGUUGAGAAGGCGAGGGUCUCGGCCGGUACUGGGAAAGCGCAAUCGAAAGGGCAGGGUUCGAAGGGUGGCGCAACGGCAUCGUCGGCGCACGAGAAACAUUACAUGAGGAAUAGAGCGAGAAGGGAGGGAGAUAAGCGGAAAUCGUAUUUGCCAUACAGGCAGGAUCUGGUCGGCUUUUUCACAAAUGUGAACGGGUUUAGCAGAAAUGUCCAUCCUUUCUAAAUUGAAAAUUCCCCCCUCCACUAAUAUAUAAUUAUAUAUAUAUAUAUAUAUUUUUUUUUUGUAGAUAAUCUAAAUUGAUUUAUUAAUUCUAAUGUAAAUGAUAGCAGAAAAGUAGUAAUGUAUGGAAAAGAAACAUUAGCUCG